AUGACUGGAAGAAACCAGAGCACUGUAACGGAAUUCAUUCUUUUGGGGUUAACUGGGGAUGCCACCUUUCGGGCCGUCCUCUUUGUGACAUUCCUUGGGAUCUAUAUUGUGACUUUAAUGGGAAACCUCAGCAUCAUCUUGCUAAUUAGGGUCAGUUCCAAGCUUUAUACCCCAAUGUACUUUUUUCUCAGCCAUUUGGCUGCUGUCGAUAUUGGGUAUUCCUCCUGUGUAACACCAGUAAUGCUUGGAGGCUUCUUGGCUGAUCUCUACACUGUGCCUUUAGUCAGUUGUAUUGCUCAGCUGUGUUCCGUGGUGACCUUUGGGACGACUGAAUGCUUCUUAUUGGCUGCUAUGGCUUAUGACCGAUACGUGGCCAUCUGUAGCCCACUACUGUACUCUGUCAAAAUGUCCAACAAGGUCUGCAUCCUGCUAGUAGUUAUUUCCUACAUAGGGGGUUGUAUGAAUAGUUGGAUAUUUACCAGUUGCUUAUUAAAUGUAGAUUUCUGUGGGCCCAAUCGGAUAAACCACUUUUUCUGUGAUUUUUCUCCACUGUUGAAACUUUCUUGUUCAGACAUUUCAGUUCUUAAAGUCAUCCCUUCUAUCUCCUCGGGGUCAAUAAUAGUGGUCACCUUGCUUGUCAUUGUAAUUUCUUACGUAUCCAUCGUCGUGAAAAUCAUGAGGAUGAACUCAAGGGACGGGAAACACAAAGCUUUCUCCACUUGUACCUCCCACCUCACUGCUGUCACUCUCUUCUAUGGGACCAUCACUUUCAUAUAUGUGAUGCCCAAAUCCAUUUACUCGAUCAAUCAGAACAAAGUGGCGUCUUUGUUCUACACCAUUAUGAUCCCCAUGUUGAACCCUCUGAUCUACAGCCUGAGGAACAAGGACGUUAAGGAGGCCCUGAGAAAGGUGAUUAACAGGAACAGGCUUUCUUAA